AAUCCGGGUAAUCUCAGUGACCCCUCUGACAUGAAAGUACUCUGUUAUACAGGAUCUUGAAGUCAUACCUAUAGCUAUUCCGCGGAAAGUAAGCAAUUUAGACUUGUCCAUGAAUAACAUUUCCAAGAUCGAAAAGUUGGAUUUUAAGGCCUAUCAAACCUAAAUUUCUAAACUGUCCAGAAACCAGAUCUCUCAAGUGGCGAUGGGGCUCUUGGACACCUAGAGGCUCUUCAGGAGCUGGGUUUGGCUCAUAACAGACUCACAACCCUGUCAGACCAUUUGUUUCAGGGCCUGGCCAACCUCUCCCUGCUACAUCUGGACAACAACCUCAUUGCAACCAUCAGCUCCUCAUCCUUUCAGCUUCUCUCCAGUUUGAAGACAGUGAAUUUAACCAAKAACAACCUUGAGAAUAUGAAGGAAGUUCAGCCCAUCGUACAAUUACCACACUUACAUGAGUUGUACAUUGGGAGCAACAGAUUCACCUCUUUCCAGUCAMARGAAAUAUCAAACACGUCUAUAGAGCUGAGGCUGUUGGAUUUAUCCCGGAAUCCAUUGGGAAUCUUCAGGAUCACGGCAGAUGUUCUUCCUUACCUUGAGGUGUUAGACAUCGCCUACUGUGGCCAACUUGGACACAUGGAAUGGGAUGUGCUGGACAGGUCUUUUCUGAGAAACGUCAAUCGUCUCAACUUGAGCGGCAUUGAGAUGUCUUUCGAGAGGAUGGGUAUGGURCUGCAGACUGUCAACUCCUCAUUAGUCCAUCUGAGAUUGCAUGAMCUCGUCAACRGCUCAAGGCUCAAGAUCAWWGCUCUCACUGAUAUUGCCUGCCGUAUACCUACACUCAGUGUGCUCCGGCUGGAAUAUAACAACAUAGGUAAUCUCUCUGAGGAAUUUCURCAGUCAUGUAAACACCUGACAGAAGUGGACAUAUCARAUACUGGUCUUACUCAGCUGUCUGACUUUUCAUUCAGAUCAAUAGAGCAAUUAAGUGCUUUGAWACUGGGCCACAAUAGGCUUUCUUUCRUGCCAAAGGCCACAAGAAAUCUACCGACACUGAAGAUCCUGGAUCUCAGCUUCAAUAUCAUCAAUAAACUAGACUGCUCAGAUUUCUCCAAUCUUACAGAACUCACASAWCUCAUUAUUUUCCACAAUCAAAUCCCCAACCUUCCGGCAUGUGUUUUCCAGGAUUUGAAAGAAUUAAGGAUCCUUAAAAUGGGAUCAAACAAAAUCCUGACCUUGAAUGAUGCSUUCAUGAAUGCUUUGCACAAACUUGAGAUGAUGAACUUGGCAGGCAAUAAACUGAGCUCUAUCAGAAAAGGAGAGUUUAAAAGCUUAACAUCACUCAAGACUUUACUUUUAUUUGACAAYCAGAUUGCCAGCAUGGAAGAUGGAGCCUUUGAGGGAUUGGUCAACCUUACAGAACUUAAACUGGGCUCAAAUAAGAUCACUCAAAUAGGCAUAAGAAAUACUGUGCUCAUGGGACUCCCACUCUUAAAAAGUCUUGAUAUAUCCUGUAAUUACAUCACAUAUGUAAAUGAUGAUAAACUAAACCCUCCACCCUUCUCUCAUCUGACAUCUCUGGAGAACCUCAGGAUAUUUAGUCAGCGUCACAAGGGACUGUCUCAUCUACCUAUCAACUUCCUUGAAGGACUGAAAUCUUUAUUGUCAUUCCAGGCAGGGAGUCUUAAUAUUAAGGAGCUGUACCCAGGCACAUUCAUUUACACACCCCGGUUGUGGUUCCUAGAUAUCAGUAAGAAUGAGUUCACAGCCCUCACUCCAAAGCUGUUUCACCCAAUCCCAAGGCUCAACAGCCUGUACCUAACCAAAGCCCGAAUUCAGUCCUUAGAUUUCCUCAUAGGAGCAAACCUCAGUAGAGUCACUUUAUUGCAGGUGAGCAAGAACGACAUAACAGUAGUCAAUGAGACAGUGUUGCGUUCUCUCCCUGCCUUGACAUACCUGGACAUGCAAGAUAAUGCUUUCACCUGUGGCUGCAGCGAUGCUUGGUUUGUCSAGUGGAURGAGARCRACAMCCAAACACAAGUUGUUGGUGCAGGAGAAUUUACCUGCAACUAUCCUGCCGAUCUAAAGGACACCAAGCUGUUGGAUGUUGAGCUUCAGUUCUGUAUAGUACRCUUAGGACUUYACUACUACAUCUCUACCACUUGUCUGGUCCUCCUCAYCCUGAUAGCAUCCUUUGCCUACCACUUCCUGAAAUGGCAGGUAAUUUACGGCUAUUACCUCUUCCUGGCUUUCCUCUAUGACACCAAGCAAAGGAAUAAGCACACGCCUCAUGGCUGUCAGUACGAUGCCUUCAUCUCCUACAACGCCYACGAUGAGCCCUGGGUCCUGAGGGAGCUUCUGCCAGAGCUGGAGGGAGAGCAGGGCUGGAAGYUGUGUCUCCACCACCGGGACUUCCAGCCAGGCAAACCAAUCAUAGACAACAUUAUGGACGGCAUCUACGGAAGCCGCAAGACCAUCUGUGUGAUCAGCCRCCGCUACCUGGAGAGUGAGUGGUGCUCCCGGGAGAUCCAGGUGGCCAGCUUCCGGCUCUUUGAUGAGCAGAAGGACGUCCUGAUUCUGGUGUUCCUGGAGGAGAUCCCUACCCACCAGCUGUCACCCUACCACCGGAUGAGGAAGCUGGUGAAGAGACGCACMUACYUGAGUUGGCCCAGAGCUGGGGUGCACACUGGGGUCUUYUGGCAGCAACUACGGCUGGCUUUAGAGACCAAGGACGGCCCUGCUGAGGAAAAUCCCAUCCUCUCUGGGGUGCAGGCUCUGUGAUAGUGAAACCUUGAUUUGAAACAACCAUCACACUCUGAWCCUUAUUUACAUGAGAAUAUUAAAGAUGCACUCUCAAACCUUUGUACAAUUUCAGCCAGURUUUUUGAAAGUGGUGCUCACGAGCCAGAAGUGGUCCCCGUUUUGUGUUGUAUUACGCCAUCUAAAGUGUUUUUUUACCUAUUCUUAUGAUAUGUUAUGAAUUUAUUUCAUACUAUAUAGUAUGUUACAAUUUUGCUGUGCUUAUCAUCCUGGAGUGCAUCUUUAAGAAGUUCCUAAGAGUAUUGAUGCGCCCAUGGGUCAAUCUCAGUAACAUAAUAAAAAA